AACACAUUUCACAGCUACACAACUGUCAGAGCCAUAAGACUAAAGUUCGCAAAACAUUUGGCCCCAUAGAAACUUAGCGCUGUGUGGGGAGGAAAGAUGACCGUGAGCGGAAAGAUUAGCUCCUCCGGAGACUGUGUGCCAAAUGGAUACCUAAAGACGCCUAUCAAGGUGGAGGCAAGAGGGCACUGGGGGAGCAAAGCGGAGUUCAUCCUGACCGUGAUGGGCGCGAUCAUCGGCCCCGGGAACGUGUGGAGGUUCCCCUAUCUGUGCUACAGGAACGGAGGAGGUGUGUUCUUCAUCCCGUAUAUCUUGUUCAUAUUCACAUGCGGGAUCCCUUUAUUCUUCCUGGAGACCUCCUUGGGACAGUACACCAGCCAGGGGGGAAUCACUUGUUGGAGGAGGAUUUGUCCGCUUUUCCAAGGCAUGGGCUAUGCGAGUACCUUAAUCAUCACAUUCAGUGCAACCUCUUAUAUUGUCAUCCUGGCCUGGGCAUUCUUCUACCUCUUCUCAUCCUUCAGUGCGGAGUUGCCUUGGGCCACAUGUGGGAACUACUGGAACACAGACUCGUGCUUGGACGUCAGUCGGAAUUUGAGCAUGGAAAGCAGACUGAACAGCACUCUCCCAGUUGUGGAGUUCUGGCAGCGUCGGGUUUUAAACAUCUCUGGUGGCAUCGAGGAGGUGGGCAGCUUGAGGUGGGAACUGGUGCUGUGUCUCAUCCUGAGCUGGGUCAUCUGCUACUUUUGCGUUUGGAAGGGCAUCAAGUCAACAGGAAAGGCAGCCUACUUCACAGCCACCUUCCCCUACGUUAUGCUCUUGAUUUUGCUCAUACGUGGUGUUACCCUACCCGGAGCAAAAGACGGGAUUAUUUACUACCUUUACCCUGAUAUCUCUCGCCUCGCAGAUGCCCAGGUGUGGAUGGAUGCCGGCACUCAGAUCUUCUUCUCUUACGCUGUUGGCCUUGGUUUCCUCACCUCUCUUGGGAGUUACAACACUUACAACAACAACUGUUAUCGGGACUGUUUUUAUCUGUGUCUGCUGAACAGUGCCACCAGUGUUGUGGCAGGAUUCGCCAUUUUCUCCAUUUUGGGUUACAUGACAUAUGAACAAGGAGUGGAUAUUUCUGAAGUGGCAGAAUCAGGCCCAGGGUUGGCGUUCAUUGUCUACCCACGAGCUGUAGCCACGAUGCCCAUGCCUCAGUUGUGGUCAGUGUGUUUCUUCCUCAUGAUCAUUCUGCUUGGACUGGAUAGUGAGUUUGUUGGUCUGGAGUGUCUGAUGACUUCCCUUUGUGAUCUGUUCCCUACUUACCUGCGUCAAGGCUUUAGACGUGAACUGCUUCUGCUGGGUAUCUGCAGUACCUGCUGUUUGCUGGGACUCUCUCUGGUCACUGAGGGGGGGAUGUACCUGCUCCAGCUUUUAGACCAUCAUGUCUGCAGUGGCACCACUUUGCUCCUCCUCUCCUUGAGUCAGUCUGUCAGCAUUGCCUGGGUCUAUGGUGCAGACCGUUUUUAUGGCAACAUCACAGACAUGAUCGGCUAUCGGCCACACUCAUUCAUGAAGUACUGCUGGUGUUACAUCACUCCCUUCAUCUGUGUUGGCACUUUCAUCUUCUCCAUUGUGAAACAUUCUCCACUGAAGUUCAGUAACAGCUACGUUUAUCCACUCUGGGCCAACAUCUUGGGCUGGUUCAUUGCCACAAUUUCCCUCUCCCUCAUCCCACUGUUUGUGAUAGUUAAAUUAAUCCAAGGAAAAGGCACUCUAAAACAGCGUUUCUUACUGCUCUGUAAACCCAUAGAUGACCUGCCGUUGGAUCAGCAUUGUCCUCCUGCACUGGGAACAAAUGACUUCCCUGUCCAUACAGAUCUAAAACCUUUAAACCACACUGGAAAACUCAUUCAGUGAACACAAACAAGCUGUUCUGCAGAGGGUUGCAGUCUAACUUGUGGCCUUCUGGGCCCAUAUUCAUCAAUUAUCAAAAAAUGUAUAGAUAAGAAUGCUCUAAAGAGAAAAGUAUGCUGGAGAAGUUGAUUGAGCACAAGAAUGGUACUCACAGCUGCCACAUUUUACAUUUCUUUCAAGAAAUCUUGCACCUUUCUUUGAUAUAUGUUAUUCUAUUACACUAUAUGAUUUAUAUGUUUAAUCUAGUUUCAUUUCAAUCAAUCAAUCAAUCAAUCAAUCAAUCAAUCAAUCAAUCAAUCAAUCAAUCAAUCAAUCAAUCAAUCAAUCAAUCAAUCAAUCAAUCAAUCAAUCAAUCAAUCAGUCAAUCACAGUUUAUUUAUAUAGCCUUUUAAAACAGCCCAAAGGGUGACCAAAGUGCUUCAAUUUGUGUUGGGAAUGUUUCAUAUGUUCUAUAAUAAUCAUGGCAUUAUAUUUAUUCAAGCUCAUAUAUUUGUAUUUUAUUUAUAAGAAUGAAAUCAUAAGAAGUUGUAGACAAAAUAAAAGCUAUUAUCAAAGGAAACAGAUAAUAAGGUGAGGUUUAGUAUAUUAAGGGGCACAAUAAUGAAGUGCAAAGUGAGCAGCAACUGCAAUUGUUGUCAUUGAUAAAACAAGCCUCAGAGGAGAUUUUCUUGCCUCUACAUUGUGGACAUCUAUGACAGGAUACUCUUAAUUAAAUUUUGAGGCAGUGUUAAAGUGUUUUUGUUUGGUAUUUGUUAUCUGUCCUAAGAAAUUUGACAAAUAAAUUAGAUUUUUCCUUUCAUGGAAUUCCAUGUUUUGCAGGGCUAAUAGUCAUUUAGCAACCAUUCAUUUUGUUUGUUGUUCCUGAAGAUGGUCUGUGCAAGGAUUUACAGAUGUAUUUUUCUUAUGAGUUUAAAGCUUACACACAUGCUAAAAUUACAAAUAUUGUUAUAUUGUUCACAAUCUGACACAUUUAAAUGUCAGUGUAUUCCUUUUUUUAGGAUCACCCGCCAUGUUUUGUUGUUUUUUUUUGCACUCAGGAUAAACAUUGCUAAAAAUGGCUUCCUGUUUGCUGCAUGAUAUAUAUUUGUACAUUUUGUAUAUUAUUUUAGACAUUCUUUCUGUAAAUUCUUUAGCCAUUUAGCAAUCUUACCCUUUAGAGUGAUGCAGUUUAUUUGUAUCUGUAUAUCAUCUGUGGAAUCUAUGCAUUUAUGUAGUGCUGUAUAUACUUUUCAAAACUAUAAAGAACUACACAUUUAAGCUAUCUUACCUAAAAAAAUCAGUACUGUAACUUUCUCCUGUCCUGACAUACACACUGCACUAAGUUGGGCUUGUCUUGGAAGGAAGAUUGUUGAUUAAAGAGGUGCGUUUGUCCAUUUAAUGGUUGGUCAAGAACUGUUGUUUUGUCCUCUCCUGUAACUGUGGGCAAACAAAUAAACAGGGAUGGCAAAGGGUGAAAAUGAUGUGAAUUGUGUGAAAUAUGUCAAUAUGAUCAGUUGAUUAUGUUAUAUAAAUAGUUGAUGAGACAGUUAAAUUUCCACAAUGAUGUAUAUGUAUUUUGUUUUGUCAAUAAAGGUGUAUCAACCUUUGUACAACA